CACCCUCCCGCCCCCGGCGGCCGCGCUCGCUCCACCCGGUUUCCAGACCAUUGGUGGGUUGGCGGCUCCGGGAGGAGGCGCUGCAGUCUCUCCCGGAGUGAGAGGGCGGGCCGGCGGCAGCAGUAGCAUGGCGUGGGGCCAGUUCAGAAAGUGGGCCCUGGAUGCCGUGGCCAUUCUGGGCGGAGGAGGGCUCCUCUUCGGCUCCUACCUGACAGCCUCUGGGGAUGAGCAUUUCUACGCUGAAUACUUGAUGCCAGCUCUGCAGGGGCUGCUGGACGCGGAGUCAGCCCACAGGCUGGCUGUGCGCCUCACCUCCCUGGGGCUCCUUCCUCGAGCCACGUUCCAGGACUCUGACAUGCUGGAAGUGAGAGUCCUGGGCCGUAAGUUCCGAAACCCAGUGGGAAUUGCUGCAGGAUUUGACAAGCACGGGGAAGCCGUGGAUGGCCUUUUUAAGCUGGGCUUUGGCUUUGUUGAGGUAGGAAGUGUGACUCCUCAGCCUCAGGAUGGAAACCUGAGACCCAGAAUCUUCCGCCUCCCUGAAGACCAAGCUGUCAUUAACCGGUGCGGAUUUAACAGCCAGGGGCUCCUGGCGGUGGAGCGCAGGUUACGGGCAAGGCAGCAGAAGCAGACCAGGCUCACGGCAGAUGGCCUGCUGCUGGGCAUAAACCUGGGGAAGAAUAAAACGUCAGUGGAUGCUGCUGCGGACUAUGCAGAGGGGAUCCGGGUGCUGGGCCCCUUGGCUGACUACCUGGUGGUGAACGUGUCCAGUCCCAACACCCCUGGGCUGCGCUCCCUGCAGGGAAAGACUGAGCUGCGCCGCCUGCUGACCAAGGUUCUGCAAGAGAGGGACGCCUUGCGGAGGGUGCAGAAGCCGGCGGUGCUGGUGAAGAUCGCCCCCGACCUCACGGCUCAGGACAAGGAGGACAUCGCCUGUGUGGUGAGAGAGCUGGGCAUCGAUGGAUUGAUUGUGACAAACACCACAGUGAGUCGCCCGGCUGGCCUGCGGGGUGCCCUGCGCUCUGAGGCGGGAGGCCUGAGCGGGAUGCCCCUCCGCCAUUUAUCAACUCAGACCAUCCGCGAGAUGUACGCACUGACCCAAGGCAGAAUCCCCAUCAUCGGGGUUGGUGGGGUGAGCAGCGGGCAGGACGCGCUGGAGAAGAUCCGGGCGGGGGCCUCCCUGGUGCAGCUCUACACGGCUCUCACCUACGGGGGGCCCCCCGUGGUGGGCAGGAUCAAGCGGGAGCUGGAGGCCCUCUUGAAGGUCAGUGGCCUGAGGAAUCCGGGCAGAAUGGAGCAGUAAUUAAGUUCCGCCGGCUCAGUGCCAAGGAGCAGUGUGUGAGAACAGGGUUUUAGCAGAGUCACAGAUGCCAUCGGAGCAGAUCAUCGGAGGUGAGGAUCUGGAUUCUUCCCAGGACUCAGGCCAGCUGGGCUGGAUCGGGGAGGAGGACUCUGUCUCAAGCCACAGCCCUGAACUAGACUCGGCUGGACUGUGGGGCUGAUCAUGGGGGUCGCCAGGACCCACAGAGGAUUUCUCCAGUCGCUUGGUCAGACCCUAAGCUAUGUUUGUGGUUCUUUCCGGAUCCAGUAUUGUAAGGACAUCAUUGGAAAAAAUAAAGCCAUUUAAAACCUGGAUUUAAACCCAGCCUUUCUGGAGGGCCAGGGCUUUGCUGAGACCCUGCUGGUCCUUUGAGGCCUUCAUUCUCUGGACCUCUGGUGGCCUCCCAGGACCUGACCGUCAUCCUAGCUUUAUUUUUAUUUAAGUUUUAAUAAUAUUUCAAAUACAGACAAAAGUUGCCAGAGUAGUACAGUGAAAUUCCAUAUACUUUUCACUUUG